AUGGCUACAUUAUGUGAAGAUACCGGAUGGGGUCGUGUCAGUAGUAAAGCAGCUCAAAUUAAGAGAGCGCGAAUGAGACUUUCCAUGGAGGCGAGAAAGUAUGGUCGAAAUGAAGAUGAUACGGCGCAACCUGGCCAUAGUAACUCUACGCCUGAUCAAAGCACCGUCACAAAUGAGGCUGCGAUAUCUACAGGACCCAGUUCUGUACCUAUAAACGGUGGCCAGUGUGCGGUCGAAGAUACGAGUGGUAGCGGAUUUGACUAUUCGCAAGACGUCGCUACCAGUCGAUAUAACGUUCAAAUCCGUAUUGGGCCUAAUGGGGAAACCAUUAUCGACGAAGAGUCCCUGUUUGUGGACAGGAAUGUUGGAGAUGAGACUGCAGACUACACUCAUGUCGAGGAGUCGGACGUCUCCAAAUUUGUCAAUUCUGGGACGUAUGGGAGGCGUUUCCGAGGUUCUCGUUGGAGUGCUGAAGAGACGGAGUUGUUCUACGACGCGCUAUCACAAUUCGGCGAGAACUACGAAUUAAUAUCUUAUGUGCUACCUGGCCGCGACCGCAAGUCAUGCAAGAACAAGUUUAAAGCAGAGGACAAGAAGAACUCGGCAAGAAUAAAUUACUGUUUGAACAACCGUCAGCCAUAUGAUAUGCAGACUCUGUCGCGAAUGACGGGAAAGGACUUUAGUGGCCCAACUCCAGAGAUACGACCGCCGCCCGUGCUUACACUUGCUGAGCCUGAGGGGGACGAAGGAGCAAUCUCGAAGAAACAGGACCAGACCCCCGCUUUGGAAGAUAAUGGGGAGGAGGUUCUCGGUGAUAUAUCCAGUUACUUAUAA